AGACGCUCUUGCGCUUGUGCACUGCAGUUCAGACAGAGUUCGGACAGCGGCCAGAUCUGAUCUCAUCUGAUCAUCAAAUACCUCAAGCUCUCGCCAUGGGAAACUGCCAACCAACCGUUUUUCCUUAUGAAGACUUUGAUGUAGUUGCUGACAUAAAGGCCAUCCGCAAAGCCUGCAAAGGUUUAGGAACUGAUGAGCAAGCAAUUAUAGACAUCCUAGCCAAUCGAAGUGCAGCUCAGCGACUGGAGAUCAAACACGCAUACUUUGAGAAAUAUGAUGAUGAAUUGGUGGAGGUUUUGAAGAGUGAGCUGUCUGGUAACUUUGAGAAGGCCAUUAUUGCCAUGUUGGAUCCUCCUCAUGUGUUUGCUGUUAAAGAGCUUAGGAAGGCCAUGAAGGGCGCUGGCACAGACGAGGAUGUCCUGGUGGAGAUUCUGUGCACUGCUACCAAUGCUGAAAUUGCCACUUACAGAGAAACCUACACCCAUGUGCAUGACAGGGAUUUGGAGGCAGACAUUGAAGGAGACACCAGUGGGGAUGUUAGGAGACUACUAACAUUGCUUCUCCAGGGUAACAGAGACGAGAGCUACGAGGUGGACGACGCACUGGCAGAGCAAGAUGCCGUCUCACUGUUUGAAGCUGGAGAAGGCUGCUUUGGCACAGAUGAGUCAACUUUCAGCUUCAUUCUGGCCACCAGGAACUACUUACAACUGCAGGCCACAUUCAAAGCUUAUGAAGCCCUUUCUGGAACAGAGAUUUUAGACGCAAUCGAUAAGGAAACCUCUGGAACUCUGAAGGACUGCUACAUUACUCUUGUGAGGUGUGCUAAGAACCCCCAGCUAUACUUUGCCCGGAAGCUGAAUGCUGCUAUGAAAGGAGCCGGGACUGAUGAAGACACUCUCAUCCGCAUCAUCGUGUGUCGCUCAGAGAUUGAUCUGGACACCAUUAAAGACAUGUACCUGGAGAAAUAUGACGUGUCUCUAAAAGAUGCCAUCAGAUCGGAAUGCAGCGGAGAUUUCAAGCGCCUCCUGUUGGCCAUCCUUCACUGAGAGAAAGAAAAUCUAAGUGCUCAUCAUGGUUACGGAGGCUUUCACUAUUGUCACAAUCAAUGCAAACUAACGUGACUUAUUUUCUGUCCUAUUGUCUACAAAGAUGUUUUCAUAAAACUAAGUUUAAAGUGGAAAAUAAGUAACACAGUCUUCAAAUACAAUAUGUUUAAUAUUAAUGUUUU